GACAACUGUGGGGUGGGGACUGCCUGCCCCCAUGAGUACCAGGCUGCCGAGGCUGGACCAUCUCCUCACUUCCAUCCUGACUGCAGUCUGUGGGUCUGAUUCUACACCUGAGGGGCUGACGGUGCGAAUCUGGGUUCCAGGGCUCAGGAUGCUGUUGCUACGAGCUGUUCUAUUGCUACUGGUCCUGCCAAUUCGCGGCCAGGACUCCGAGACAGAAGGGCCUGGAGUUGUGGUUCCCCUGCCAAAAGGGGCCUGCACAGGUUGGAUGGCAGGCAUCCCGGGGCAUCCCGGCCACAAUGGGAUCCCAGGCCGGGAUGGUAGAGAUGGCACCUCGGGUGAAAAGGGUGAGAAAGGAGAUCCAGGUCUUGUUGGUCCUAAGGGUGACACUGGUGAAACUGGAGUAACUGGGGUUGAAGGUCCCCGAGGUUUUCCAGGAAUCCCAGGCAGGAAAGGAGAACCUGGAGAAAGUGCCUACGUAUACCGCUCAGCGUUCAGUGUGGGAUUGGAGAGUCGGGUCACAGUCCCCAAUGUUCCCAUUCGCUUUACCAAAAUCUUCUACAAUCAGCAAAACCACUAUGAUGUUACCACUGGAAAAUUCCACUGCAACAUUCCCGGGCUAUACUACUUCUCCUACCACAUCACAGUCUACUUGAAGGACGUCAAGGUCAGUCUCUACAAGAGAGACAAGGCGAUGCUCUUCACCUACGACCAGUACCAGGAGAAGAAUGUGGACCAGGCCUCUGGCUCUGUGCUCCUCCAUCUGGAGAUGGGCGAUGAAGUCUGGCUCCAGGUGUAUGGGGAUGGGGACUCUAAUGGGCUCUAUGCAGAUAACGUCAAUGACUCCACCUUUACAGGCUUCCUUCUCUACUAUGACACCGUUUGAUCACAACUAACUUAGAACCUCCACUGGGCCAGACAACCAAAAGUGAAAGAACAGUCUACAGGUUCUCAGUGUAGUUAGGAGAUUAAUUUUACUACCUGGUUGGAGGGCUCUGAACAUUAUUCAUUCAUUUACUCAUUCAUUCAUCAAGUCCUUUAAAAAAAUUAUAUACUAUGUUCCUGAAGAAGACAUGGUCCCUGGCCUCAAGGAUCUGCUAUGUAGUAGCAAUGAAAGGUUAAUAACAUUUCCUGGGGUGCUUUGCACACAUGGCAAGAUACCUGACUACCAUAAAGUAUUUCAUAGUGUUAUUCUGUGUCUAUUGUUUUUCCUCAUAUUCAUGCCAAUCCUGCGAGGUACACAGGAAACGUAUUAUUCUCCUCUUUUUGCACUUGGGUUCUGAGCCUGAGAGUGACUGCCUAAGGUGACACAGGUAUUAAGUGGCAGAGUUAGAAAUCAAACCCAGGUCUAGAGACCUUCUCCUCUAGACCCUGCCCUUGUUUAGGAGUACACGGCCUCUUGGGAGUGUUGGUAGGGAGUCAAUCACCCAGCUCAUCUGAGGGCCUCCGAGUUGGCCUUCAUGGUGAGUUACGCCUUUCCCCGGUAGAGCUGCGUCAGAGAAGGUGAUUCUAUGGCUAUGUCCCAUCCCAACUGGACUAUUAAUGGCCCCUGAAUGACUGUACUUUGGCUUCUCUGUCUCUUUCCUCAUGCUCUUCUCUCUAGCUCAGAAAGCGACUUCGAUCUCCACAGGCUGAAAUCCUCCCUGUUCCUCAGAGACACCUAGUCAGGAAACUUCUCUGAUGGGCUCGCUCUUUCCUGCAAACCUUCCGCACACAUUGUGCCCCUAUGCCCCGCUAUAUGUUAUGCUAGAUGAGAGUCCUGAAUGUGAAAGACAUCCUUCCUCCAGGCCAGGGACUACUGAUGGGAAAGAACUGAGCUUCCCUCACCACCGAGUCCCUUUGCAGGUCCUUGAUAAAUGCCUCAUGAAGACCAACCUUUGGAAUCUCAUCCCUAUGCAGAAUUAUCUCCAGUUCAGUCUCUCCAUAUAACUAAACCUGAUCUAUGAAACAUUUUCAUUUUAGGAACUCCCUGAAUUUAAGCACCUAAUCCUUGUUCCACUGGAGAGUUUGACUCUUUUCUACUGAGGUUUGGGAUGACUGUGCUUUCCAGAAUACUUAAAGAAUUUUCCCUCAAGGAAGUAGCUUCCGUCCACAAUGCAAAACACACAAAGGAAUUUGGAAACCAUUCUUUCCUUCAGCACUAACAGGGUCUGGCAAGGCCUGGACCUUCUGAAUCUAUUCUUGUUCUUUAAGUGUUAAAGAAGAAAAGAAG